GCCACUCUUUCUGAAAAACAUGAAGAACCUCAAGCUCUACUUAGAGGUUCCUCUCUAUCUCCAACUAAACUCCGACGCCGAUGAAACCCUGCGCUUCUCCGCCUUCGACAUCGAGCGCAACCGCCUCUUCUUCUUCUCUUCCCACAACAUCAUCUACACCUCUCACCUCUCCUGCUUCCAUGAAAAAGGAACUUGGAGCAAGAGUUCUUUACCUGCGGAUGGUGUUGGCACUGUUGACCUGGAACCUGAUGAUUCGGUUACUUCAUUUGAUUAUCUUAUGGAGAAAGAAGCGCUUAUUCUGGGAACUGCAAAUGGCCUUUUGAUUCUCUACAGCGUCGAAGAUAAUGCGAUUGAAGUUGUUGGGAACGUGGAGGGUGGUGUCAGGUGCAUUUCGCCAAGUCCUGAUGGGGAACUCAUUGCUAUACUCACUGGUUUUGGGCAGAUUUUGGUGAUGACUUGUGAUUGGGAUUUGUUGUAUGAAACCCCGCUUGGUGAUGAUCUUCCUGAAGCCAUUGACGUAAGUGAAGAAAAGUUUCUGUCGAAUCUGUUUGAACAGCAUCCUAUCUCUUGGCGAGGAGAUGGAAAAUACUUCGCUGCGAUGUGUGAUGUGCUAAGUUCUGAUCCAUUGCUUAAGAAGCUUAAGGUUUGGGAACGAGAUUCUGGGGCUUUGCUUGCUUCCUCUGAGGCAAAACCUUUUGCUGGGACCGUUUUGGAGUGGAUGCCCAGUGGCGCUAAAAUUGCUGCAGUUUAUGAUAGAAAAGAUGAAAAUAAAUGUCCCUCAAUUGUUUUCUUUGAGAGAAAUGGAUUAGAAAGAAGCAAAUUUAGCAUCAAUGAGGGAGUUAACGCAAACAUAAAAGCUCUGAAGUGGAAUUGCAGCUCUGAUCUUCUUGCGGGUGUUGUUGAAUGUGAAAAUUAUGAUGCUAUAAAAGUAUGGUAUUUUAGUAAUAACCACUGGUACCUGAAGCAUGAAGUUAGAUACCUGAAGCAAGAUGAAGUGAGUUUCAUCUGGGAUCCAGCAAAGCCAUUGCAGUUAAUUUGUUGGACACGUGGUGCUCAGGUCACAGUUUACAACUUUGUCUGGGUCACAGCUGUUACAGAGAAUUCUAUUGCACUAGUUGUUGAUGGCUCUAACAUUCAUGUAACCCCCCUUUCCUUAUCCUUAAUGCCACCUCCUAUGUAUUUAUUUAGCCUGAAAUUUUCUUCUCAUGUCCGGGGUAUGGCUUUAUAUUGCAAAAACUCCAAGAACCAGUUAGCUGCAUUUCUUUCAGAUGGUUGCUUAUGUAUUGUUGAGUUUCCAUCAAUUGAAACCUGGGAAGAACUGGAGGGGAAAGAAUUCAAUGUUGAAGCUUCUCAUGCCGAAGUAGUUUUUGGAUCCAAUUUACAUCUUGUGUGGCUGGAUUCACGUACACUACUAGCUGUUUCUCAUUAUGGUUUCUGUUACAGUAAUGACUUAUCUCAAACCUCAUUGAGUGAGGGAAGUGUCCGAGGCUUCUAUUUGCAGGAAAUGGAACUAGAGUGUUCUGAGGAUCAUGUUCCGGGAUUAUUGACGUGCUCAGGCUGGCAUGCAAGAAUCUCAAAGCAAAGUUCCCUUGAAGAUCAAGUGAUCAGCAUUGCUCCAAAUCCUGCUGGUAAAUGUUCUGCAUAUAUGCAGUUUUCUGGUGGAAAGAUCAGAGAGUAUGUCUCAAAAAUUGGCUUUAAUAGAGGAUAUCCUGAGCAAGAAUAUCAAGAUUUUUCAUCGGCUUGCCCAUGGAUGAGUGUAGUGCUAGUUGACAGUGGUGGGCAAUCAAAACCCGUGCUUUUUGGGAUGGAUGAGAUUGGCAGACUGCAAGCAAAUGGCGGGAUAAUCUGUAGCAACUGUAGCAGUUUCUCAUUUUACUCAAAUUUGGAUGAUCUAGUUACCACACAUUUAGUUCUUGCAACUAAACAAGAUUUGCUUUUUAUUGUUGACAUUUCUGAUAUAUUUAAUGGUGAGUUAGAUACAAAGUAUGCGAACUUUGUUCACAUCAACAGCAGGAGAAGACAAGAAAGUGAAAACUACAUAAAUAUAUGGGAGAGAGGUGCUAAAAUUGUUGGAGUCCUACAUGGGGAUGAAGCUGCCAUUAUACUGCAAACUACUCGGGGAAACCUAGAGUGCACGUACCCUAGAAAAUUGGUUUUGGCCUCUAUCAUCAAUGCCUUAGUUCAAAAGCGCUUUAAAGAUGCAUUAUUUAUGGUUAGGCGACAUAGAAUAGAUUUCAAUGUUAUUGUAGAUUACUGUGGUUGGCAGGCAUUUUCACUAUUGGCCUCUGAAUUUGUUAGACAGGUUAACAAUCUGGGUUACAUAACCGAGUUUGUUUGUUCCAUAAAGAAUGAAAAUAUUAUAGAGAAACUCUACAAAAAUCAUAUUUCAGUCCCCUGUCCAGAGAUUGCUAAUGUUAUGCUAGUUGGAGAUAUCGCUGGUGACAAGAUUUCUUCUGUUCUGAUGGCUGUAAGGAAAGCACUUGAGGAUCACUUGACAGAAAGUCCAAGUAGGGAGCUUUGCAUUUUGACCACUCUAGCCCGGAGUGAUCCUCCGUUACUUGAAGAUGCUCUUAAGAGAAUAAAAGUCAUCCGUGAAAUGGAAUUGUCUCAUGCUGAUGACCAGAGGAGAAUGUCUUACCCUUCUGCUGAAGAAGCAUUGAAGCAUCUUCUGUGGUUGGCUGAUCCAGAUGCUGUCUAUGAAUCUGCAUUGGGUCUGUAUGAUUUAAAUCUUGCAGCAAUUGUGGCAUUGAAUGCUCAGAAAGAUCCUAAAGAAUUUUUGCCUUUCUUACAAGAAUUGCAGCGUAUGCCUACUCUGUUAAUGCAAUAUAAUAUUGACCUGAAGCUGAAAAGGUUUGAAAAGGCUCUCAGACAUCUUGCAUCCGCUGGAGAUUCUUAUUAUGAUGAUUGUAUGGCACUUGUGAAGAAAAACCCUCAACUUUUUCCAUUGUCUCUUAAACUUUUUACUGACCCUGCAAAGAAGAUGCCCUUCCUUGAGGCAUGGGGAGAUUAUCUUAGUGACGAAAAGUGCUUUGAAGAUGCUGCAACAAUUUAUUUGUCAUGUUCCUGCCUGGAUAAGGCUCUGAAGUCUUAUCGUGCUAUUAAUAACUGGAGUGGGGUGCUUACAAUUGCUGGGUUCCUUAAUCUUGGAAAAGAUGAGGUCCUGCAUCUUGCUAGUGAGCUUUGUGAAGAACUUCAAGCCCUUGGUAAACCUGGGGAAGCUGCCAAAAUUGCCCUGGAGUACUGUGGAGAUAUUAGCAAUGGGGUGAAUUUGCUGAUUUCUGCAAGGGAGUGGGAGGAGGCACUGAGGGUUGCUUUUAUGCAUAGAAGAGAUGACUUAAUUAAAGCAGUGAACAACGCAUCUGCGGAAUGUGCAAGCACACUUAUUGGGGAAUAUGAAGAAGGCAUAGAGAAAGCAGGGAAAUACUUGGCCCGUUACUUGGCUGUUCGACAGAGAAGAUUACUUCUGGCGGCAAAGCUCCAGUCAGAGGAACGUGCAGCGAGUGAUAUUGAUGAUGAUGCUGCUUCAGAAACUAGCAGUAAUUUGAGUGGAAUGAGUGCAUACACCACAGGGACCCAGAGAAGUUCUGCUGCUUCCCUUAGCUCAACUGCAACUAGCAAGGCAAGAAACAGCAGACGUCAGAAGAAAAGAGGGAAAAUCCGUCCUGGGAGUCCUGAUGAGGAGAUGGCCUUGGUGGAGCAUCUUAAAGGCAUGUCCUUGACACCGGAAGCCAGACGCGAGCUGAAAUCUUUGUUGGUUUCCCUUAUGAUGUUGGGUGAGGGCGAAACAGCUAGGAAGCUACAACAUGUGGCGGAGAACUUUCAACUUUCUCAAAUAGCAGCUGUUAGAUUAGCUGAAGAAACAAUGUCUAAUGAUAUCAUAAAUGAGCAGGCACAUACCUUGGAGCAAUACAGUCGAAAAGUUCGGAGCCAUAUGCACGAUUCGGAGGCAUUCUCCUGGCGACUUAAAGUUUUUAUAUCCUUCGAGUGAGGGUAGCAAAGUUACAUAAGAUAGUAUCUUAUGUUGGAUGUAUCUUCAUACAGUUUUUGUGAUGUUAGCAUUCAGAAUAUGAAUUUCUAAAUUCUAAGAUUUGAUUUUUCUAUUUAGGCAUCUAUGCCAACGCCAUGACUUAUUAUGCCUAAGUAGAGGUCGACUAUACGAACCAUUAACGAGUAGCUUGUUUCAUCUUUGUGUCC